AUUAUAACAUGUCUUACUUACCCUUUGAUAAACUAAAAUUACCUUCUAUACAUCAUGCUAUUACUAAAAAACAGUAUAAACCAGUAAAGAAGAUGAUAACUAUUGAAAAUAAUCAAAUGCAAUUCAAAAUACCACAAAAUCAUCAUCAUUCUCGUACUACUUCUGUACCUUCUGUAUUGCCUAGUCAGCAGCAACAACAACAACAGCAGCAGCAACAACAGCAACAACAGCAGCAACAGCAACAACAAACAAAUAAACUUUCUAUGGAUAUUUUAUUAGAUGCCAUUGAUCUUGAUCAACAAAUGCGUCAAUACUUUAAAACAGAGGUUAUAAAAUCCAAGAGUCGUAAAAUAGUAGACAAUUAUUAUAAUUCACGUCAUUCGAUGAUGGUAGCCGUUAGACGUAGAUCAAGAUCGGCUCCUGGUGCUCCACCUUCUUAUCAUCAUCAACGUGCUUUUAAUUCUCGUUGGACUUCACCUAUUUUCAAUAAGACCGUUACGUCUGAUAUUCAAGCACAAAAGGUGGCUCAACUUAUUGUACAAAAACAUCUCGAAACUGUCAAAAAGAGAUAAAAUAGAACAUGUUGUAAAAAGGAAAGAAGUUGUGCGGAGGGAGGAAAUCAUAUUUAUGUAUUAUUGCUAUUAUUCAUCUUUAACUACUAUCAUGAUUUUUUAUGAUGUAAAUAUAUACAAGUAGUUUAUAUAAACAGUUAUUAUUGUAUAGCAGUCAAUCUCUAUUAUAUAUAGUUACACUCUUUUCAUUAUUAUGCAAUAAAUGUAUACAUUAAACAUCAUGAUGCAGUAGUCUUCC